UGAGAACAUUUCACGAGAUAACCUCAGUUUUUUGCAUCGUUUGACAAACGCUGUUUGGAAGUUUUCCCGUCUGAAAGGGGCCCCAAGACCAGAUGGCAGGGCGCACCUUGGUGACAAAGCUGGGGCAAAGGGCCAGAGGCCCUUUGCUGAUAGCGUGCAAACGGAGCGAGUUGAACCAUUAUCAAGGCACCGAGCACGGCAAAUUGGAGGAAGUCCCGCUGGCCUCCAAAGGGUGGAACCACGGCAAAGCGCGCAACGACCACUUCACCGUGCUGCCGCUGCCGCCAGAGGCAGCGGCGCCGGGACGCCCCUUCGGGGAGCUGGGCAUUGACGGGCGCAUGGUCGAAGCCCUGCAGAGCUACAACAUCCACAACGCCACGGAGUUUCAAGAGGAGGCCGUGGCCACUUUGCUGGGAGGAAAGCACGCCCUUCUGGCGGCAGAGACCGGCUGCGGGAAGACAGCCGCCUAUCUGGUGCCGCUCAUCCAGAGGCUGAGGCCUAGCGGCCUCCCAAACGCGCCCCGACUAGUGGUUCUGGUGCCCAAUCGCGAGCUGGCCCAUCAAGUGGGGGAAAUGGCCGCCAGUCUGUGCGGCGCCCUGGGGCUGAGCGCCCACACUUUAGUCGGAGGCAAGACGAAGCAGGCGAUGCUCAACCCGCAGUUCGCAGAAGUGGACGUGCUGGUGGCCACGCCAGGGGUGCUGGGCAAACUGUCCAGUGUGGGCAUCUACAAGCUGGCGGACACGCAGGCGCUGGUGCUGGACGAGGCCGACUCGCUCACCGACGAUUCCUUCGCCGAGCGCGUCGAAAGCCUGGUGCGGCGCAUGCCGCAAGCGCAGCUGGCGCUUGUGAGCGCCACCCUGCCGCGCCGCCUGCCCGACGUGCUGCAGCCCUACAGCGAGACGAUGGAGCGCGUGGUUUCGCCGCUGCUGCACCGCCCGCUGCUCCACAUCCGGCAGCACUUCAUGCGGCUCACGCGCUCCCUCAAGCCGGCCAGCCUGCUGCAGCUGGUCAAGGGCGGCAGGAAGGAGCCGCUGCUGGUGUUCAGCAACCGCAACCCCACCUGCAAAUGGCUGGCGAUGUUCCUGCGCGAGAACGGCAUCGCCUGCUCCAACAUCAGCGGCGACAUGAACCACGCGCUGCGCAUCGAGCAGUGGGGCCAGUUCGUGAGGGGCGAAUCGCGCGUGCUCUCCGCCACUGAUGUGGGCUCGCGCGGCCUGAACACCAUCCAGGUGGGACACGUGGUCAACUACGAUUUCCCCCUGUAUCCGGCGGAUUACAUCCAUCGAGUGGGGCGGGUGGGGCGCCUCGGCAGCCCCGCCUCCUGCCAGGUGACCAACUUCGUGGCCAGCCCCAGGGAGAUCGAGCUGGUGCAGCAGAUCGAGGUGGGCGCAGCGGGGAGUCGGCGCCAGCUGCACAUGCAGCGCCUGGUGGACCGGGAGCGGCGCUACCGGGCGCGCCAGCUGCUCGGGUACUCGGACGAGCAGAUGUACGCAGUGGUGGCCGACGUGGCCCACUACCAGGACUUCCUGCCGUUCUGCACCCGCUCGGUGGUGCUGGGGGCCGACGGCCCCGUGAUGCGCGCCAAUCUGGAGAUCGGCUUCGCCCCCGUGCUGGAGAACUACACCGGCCCGCCCACCCUGCCCAGUCACCCGCUAGCGUUAGCAACUUAACUGUAUAUUUCGCAUCGUUAACCUAAUUUGAACGUAAAACAUUGUUUCGUAAG